UGUCCCUGAAUAAAAAAACACUUUAAUUUGAGUAUGGGAUAUUUAUUUAAUUUGAUUCGUAUUAUAGCUCCGGCUUCUAAAGUCCACCCUGCAGCUGGGGAACAGCUGGAGCAGGACGUCCCGGGCAAAGGCCACAUCCGCAACCAUUAUAAAAUCGGCCCAAAACUUGGUCAAGGAGGAUUUGGCUUUGUCUACGAAGGGACUCGCUGCAAGGAUGGACUUGAGGUGGCUGUGAAAUUUUCAGUGAAGCCACCAAACAUGCCAUAUAUCAGAGUGCCUGGUCAUCCUGAAGAGGUCCCCAUGGAGGUAGGCCUGACGCUCAUGGCCAAUAAGAGCUCUCAGAUCAUAAAACUUCUGGACUGGGAGGACAACAAAGACCACUAUGUCAUGGUCAUGGAGCGACCCAUGCCCAGCAUGGACUUGAGAAGUUUCGUGAAGCUCCACGGAGAGAGACUCGACGAGGGAACAGCACGAAAGGUCAUGCGGCAGGCUAUUGAAGCCGCUAACGUGUGCAUGAAGAGUGGUGUCUUUCAUCGGGACAUCAAAAUGGAGAACCUGCUAGUGAACCAGGACACUAUGGAGGUGAAACUGAUCGACUUCGGGUGUGGUGCGCAAUUGAAGAAAUUUGCCUACGAAGUCUUCAGUGGCACAAACGCGUACUGUCCACCAGAGGUCACUUUGAAUGGCACAUAUUAUGCAAAGCCGACAACAGUGUGGUCACUAGGGAUACUAUUAUUCAUGAUGGCAUGCGGAUAUUAUCCCACACACUACGACCUGGAUCUGAUCAAUAAGAAGAGCUGGACCAGACCUGGUCUGUCACAAGAAUGCUGCCAGCUGAUUUCUGCAUGUCUGCAGUCUGAUCCACAGCAGAGGAUCAAUCUGGAGAAGAUGCAUCUCCAUGACUGGUUCAAGGUCAUGGAUUGACACGAAGAAGAAGAAAACAACUCCUGUCAUGGCCACCUUGUUGUUUUCUUUCUUCGGUCAGCUUUGAUAAGAUAAAGUGUGUAAGUUUAUGUGUAUAAGAUUAUUUAAUAGGACA